AUGUCUGUUACAAGAAACAGGCGUAUAUCCCUGGGCUCACCCAAGGAUUUGAAGGAAGUGAAAUUUUUCGACGAAGAGCCGAUGCCCGACGUCCCUCCAAAAGGAGCACGAGUUAAGGUAAGUAAACUGCUACUUGCUCUUUUUCAUGAUUUUUGUCUACCAUACUUUCAUUAAAA